CACAGUUAUCUUCUUUGUAUAAAUCACUAUAAGCACCAAGCCAAAGCUUAAAAGCUGAUCUAAGAACCCUCCAACCAACUUAUCACACAAACCAUGUAUUCACAAACGAAGAAAAAAAUAGCAACCCAUGAUAACAUUCCCAAAACUCCAUACAACACCAUUGAUGACAUAACAGAAGACUCUCCAAAUACUCACCUUUGUAGCAGCCAUUGUUGUUUCUUCUGCAUCAUGAAAGAACCAAACAUAACUCUCAGAAGAACAAAAACAUCAAUCUACUUCAAGGAAAUGCCUCUAACAGACAAUCAAGAACAUGUCUUAGUCCUCAGUGGACUAUGGAACAUCGCCAUGACCCAACCCAACGAUCCAGAGUUUCCUUCCCUUGGCAUAUUCAACUGCAUGGCAAAACUUAUCAACAAAGGUACAAAAAACACAACUUGGCUUCAUAAAAAUCAAAACAUAUACAUACCUUAUUAUGCUGCUCAUAUUAUUGGCUCUUACACAAUGAAUAAACAAGAGUUUGCACAAAUAGCUGUUCAAUCUGGUGUUAUACCACCAUUGUUAGAGCUUCUGAGUGGAAAAAUGAGUUGGGUUGAGCAAAGAGUUUCUGUUAGAGCACUUGGUCAUUUAGCAAGUUACAAUAGUACUUUUAAAUCAGUGGCAGAGUUUGAAACAGAGAUAGUGAAAUUAACCAUGAACUUAGCUUCAACAUGCUUAGAAAAAAUCUAUGUUGAAUUUGUUUCAAAGAAGAGAAGAGUGGAGUAUCACAGAAACUUGAUGACAAGAGGUGUAGGUGAUUUGGAAAUGGAGAAUCUAAAAGUUGAAAAAUGGACUAGUCAACUUCAAUGUUGGUCUAUUUAUCUUCUCAAUUGUUUUGCUUGCAAAGAUAAGUCUUUGAAUUUAAUAUGCAAAAAGAAGUUUUUAAAUGAUUUAUGUGAUAUGUGGGGUGGAUUGAUAAAUCAAACUUCAUCAGCUGGUGUUGGACUCAUUAGAAUCCUUUGUUAUAAUAACAUGGGAAGGAAAAAAAUUGCCGAGUCACCAAAAGUUAUAAACUUUCUAUGUAAACUUUCAAGAUCUUGUGAUGAUUGGCAGUAUCUUGGUAUUGAGUGUCUUGUACUGCUUCUCAAGGAUGUGAAUACAAGGUACAAAGUUAUUGAUUUUGAUGUUGUUUCAUGUCUUGUUGAUUUGAUUGAACUUAGAAGCCUUGGUGAUAAAUUAAAUGUUGGUGACACCAUCAUAAAAGUGCUACUUCUUGAGCAUUGUAAUGAUUGUAAAUUGAAAUCCAAUGGUCAAAAAGUGGUGGAUUUGAAGGAUAGGAGGGAAAAGGAGAGACUAAUGUGUGAUGAAAAAUUAGAGGAAAAAAGGGUUAUUGUGAGGUUGAUGAAGAAACAAGGAAAUCACAUUUUUAGUUUGGGAAGAGUUGAAGAAGCUUUAUUGAAAUAUUGUGAAGCAUUGGAUAUUUGUCCAUUGAGGUUUAGAAAUGAAAGAAUGGUGCUAUAUAGUAACAAAGCACAGUGUAAUUUGCUACUUAAAAAUGUGGAUUCAGCUAUAAGUGAUUCAACACGUGCUCUUUGUCUCUCUAACCCAACAAACAUGCAUGGAAAAAGUCUUUGGAGAAGGUCACAAGCUUAUGAUAUGAAAGGAAUGGCUAAAGAGAGUCUUAUGGAUUGCAUGAUGCUUGUGAAUGGUUUUGUUAAGUCAAAUGAUGAGAACAAGCGUGUUAAGGUUCCAUAUCAUGUUGUUAGGAUGAUAUGCAAACAAAUGGAUGCCACGUGGCUCUUUGCUACUGCUCGUUUGAAGUCAAAGGUCAUACAUAAUGUUGUUGUGGAAAACACUUGUGAUAUUGAAGGGGAUGAGAUUGAGAAUGAGAGCAAGUAUGAAGAACUACCCUAUGAUCAUAAGAAGGUGAUGAUGAUGGAAAAGACAAGUUUCAUGCCAGGCUUGUCUACCAUUAUGGAAGAACCUUUUGACGCGAAAGAAGGUGAAAGGAGAAAGAUGGAAAGAGCAAGAAGGAGAUUAAAGAGACAUAGUAGAAUAGCUAAUUAUGAAAGAUAGAAAUAUAUAACCCAGCACAGAAGCACCACUCUGAAUAAUGGAGAGGACCACAUUUCCAUUUUCAAUUUAAUACUACUACGCAACAAUGCUAAACAUGGAGAUAUUUAAUAUUUUAUUUGACUUUGUAUUUAUCAUUAUUCUUUUUCUUUAUUCAUCGUAUUUAUAUUUAAUUUAUGUAAUGGUCAUAAGAAAUAAUUGUAGUGGAACCUAGGGAGUAAUAAGUUUCAUUUGAAGACAAAUCAAUGGAGAGUAUUCAACGCUUAAGUUAGUGAGUUAUUUCAAUAUUGUUUCUUGAGUGCACUGAUCAGACUGAUCAUAGUUUUAAAAUAUUGUUUAAAGUUUAA